GGAGUUGUGAGGAGAGGGCGGGGCUGGCUAUUGCGCAGUAACAAACAAUAGUUACAUGUUUUACAGCGAAACCGUUUUUCUGUAAAGGUAAGUUGUUUCUCUGCCAUUAGUACAUUGAUGAUGACUUUUUUUUUUUUUACAAAGUUACAUACAGCUGCUCACAGUAAAAAAAGCUGGCUUUUUACAAUGUUUUAUCCAAUUGUAAUAAUAGAAAGUUGACUGGAAAGAAGAACUGGUGUCAAAGCAGCAGCUUUUGCUCAACUUUUGCUUGAAUGGCAUUGAUGCUGUAAUUUGUGCAUAUGGGAUACAUCAUUUUCCCCCCUGUUAGCAGGGGGACAUUUCUGCAUUGGACAAAAACAAAAUAAUCAUCUUUCAAUCAUUUGAUGUAAUAUUCAGAGACUUCUUAUUGUUUUUCUCAGUUGUGAGCUAUUAGAAUCAAAAUGAGCAGAAAUAAACACUUAAAAUAUGUCAUUCUACUUAUUCUUAUUGUGACAAUAUUAUUGACUUCAGAAUAAAUAUCAAAAACGAUAUGCAUUCACUAAGGGUAUUUUGGAAUGUGUUGAUAAUUUAAUAAACUGAUAAAUACACGUCAAAUUUAUAAAUCGACAUUUUAAUUUGUUUUACGUUUCAAUUAUGGAAUCAUAGUAUUGUAUUAUUUCAAGAUACUUUGGAUUACCUAAAAUGGAAAAAAUGCAGUAUUUUCAGAGCAAUAGUAACUUUUAACUGUAUUCAUUAUUGUCAAAAUAAAGAAACACACAGAAAAGUAAUACGUUCUUUAAUAUGUCUAUGGUUUGCAUUGCCAUAACAUAACGUAGUGCUGGAAACUCCUACAGGCUCAAAGGCAAAAUUACGUAAUCACCGUUCUGGCCAAUCACCGUAUCGGUCUUCAGAGCUCGUUCACAGUAAAACCAAUGAGAUGACGUGGAGGUUAAAGAGUCACCGCCCUUAAAAUGGAUAAACAACAAAGAUGGAGUUGUGAACUGAGAGCUACGCAGACUCCUUUAGUAAAUGUUUGUGUUUUUUUUCUUAUAGACUUUUAAGCGUCUAAAUAAUAAAGCUGACGUAGUACAGUAAUAUUAGAUGUAGUUUAUGACCGUUAGUCAUCCCGAGAAGCUGUCUAACAGGUAAACAAGUCGGUUUCUAGGAAACGGCUCAACAACAAAGCUUUGUUGCUAGCUCGUUUUCACUCAGCGUGCUAAGCCAGUGGACCAGCGAAGACAAAAAUGGAGAAGAGAAACUUCCUGAAGGGGCUGCCUGUCUACAACAAAAACAGCUUCACCAAGUUCCAUGCCGAGUCUGUAUGUAAAGCAUCAAACCGUCGGCCGUCUGUGUAUCUUCCUACACGAGAAUAUCCGUCAGAUCAGAUCAUUGUGACAGAGAAGACAAACAUCCUACUGCGGUAUCUACAUCAGCAGUGGGAUAAAAAGAAUUCGGGGAAGAAGCGAGAGCAGGAGCAGACGGAAGAGGACAGCGUGGCGCCUCCGCAAAAGAUGGCGCGAAUGGACAGCGAGGAGCCCACCGAGGACUCGUAAAGAGCUCCGCCUCGUCCUCCGUUCUCCCAGAGACUCGACUGCUUCAACAGAAUCCACGCAGACAUGCGGCGCGUUUGCAGACGUGGCGGUGUGGUGAACAGUGCUGAUGGGUUCGGACCGCAGCUGUCCCGGCGGCCCCCCACAGUGUGACUCCAGGUUUACUCCAGCAGCUCCUUUACUUACCGAGUCUCCAUGUCUCUGCUGUGGAGUGGGAGUCUUAACAUGACCAUACUUCUACCUCUGCCCUCCAUCUUGUUUUGUUCUUCUUCUUCUCCUCCUAAACUGUCUCGUUUGUACACGGCAUGUGAAGUUCUAAUUGUUGCAGAGCUUAUGUAUGCAAUAAUUCACACAUAUACAUAUAUUGCUAUCAUUCUGGUUCGUGUUCAAUCAGGUAUUUUCCACUUUCAUAAUUGGUAAUGAAAGGAGGCAUUUCAAAUACGUUCUAGUUUCAUCUUUAAUGUUCUCAGUAGUUUAUGAUGAUUUAUCGAUUCUGGGCUUUCUGCAUUAAAAGACCUGAAUGCUGAAGUAAAUGAGUUGUUUCCUCAGAGAAAAUAGUGAUUUAUUGCCUUAAAUAUUAAGCCACAUUGGAGAAAUAUGAGCCAGCGUCUAGUGAAGCAGAUUUCAUGCUCACAUCAAGGGAUUCCGAUCGGUUUCCAGAAGUAGAUUUUGUAGCUUUCAAGUGCUCUGUGGUGUGAGGCUUCACAACCAAUGGUGUACAUUUUCUAACUAUAAGAUUUAAACAAUACUUCAAUAUGUUGUUAAUACCUACAGCUGUGUUUAAGUUAACUUGUAUCCAUACUAAUAGCGAGGCUUCCUGUGAGUCCAUGCUAGAGAUGUGCCAGACACACUAAAGAAGAAUCCUGAAAACCGGGCUGGGUUGGGCCGAGCAAAAACCGGUGGGAAAGAGUCCUCUUUAAAGAGUUCAGUGCUUUGAGAAACAAGUUCAGACUGUGAUGGUUACUUCCUGACAAGCGUUUGGGUAUUUGCAGUGUGCAUGUUGGAGCAGUAUGAAAAAAUAUUCAUAUUCCUUUAAAUUUGGCACGCUGUCACCACAAAUUAAUUUUUAGUUUUUUGGGGAUUUUUCAUUAAAGAGAAAAACAUUAUAGUGCACACAAUGUAAUGUGACAUCUAAGGAGAUAGAGAAGUAUUUUUGAAAUAAAUCUGAAACGUGUGACGUGCAUUUGUAAUUUUUGUUUGCUAGCUUUGCCUGUGUUGUAUAAUAGCUCCAACUCAGUCACACUAGAUGGAGAACAGAUCUGUGAACAUCAGUUUUCAAGUCUUACCAUAAAUUCUGAACAUCCUGGUCAGGACUUUGACUGGGCCAUUUUCAUAACCCGUUCCAUGUUUUGGGGCCUGCUAGAAGACGAAGCUCCUCCUCAGUCUCAAGUCUAAUGCAGGUUUUCUUCCCUGAUUCUCAUAUAUUUAGCUCCAUCCUUCUUCCCUGUUCCCACAACAUGAUGCACUCACUACUGUGUUUCAGAGUGAUGUGGAUUCCUGUCAACAGAUUUGCUUUGGUUCUCUUCAGAAUCCCAAUAAAUUAUGUUUAUUCUUUUAAUGCGACAAAUGGUUUUGUAUUGUGUCUUGUUUCUUGAAGUAAUAUCUUCUUUGUUUAGCUUUGUUUAUGCUGUUGCAUUUUAAAGACAGAUUUCGGUCACAAUGUAACAAGAACAUGUUCUGAACAUUAAAAUGCAUCUUUCUGUCAGAA